AUGGCACAUGGAGGCAGCCAGGCCAAGCGGCUGCAGUUUUUUGUUUUAAAGUGCACCGGCAUCCAUGGCUACAUCAACAUGACCGAGUUCUUGCUCGGCUGCUUUCGACUGACCGGCGAGGCCAAGACCUUGGACUUGUUGAAGUUGCAGUACCAGUCCGAGUGGAUGAUGCACAACAUAAUGAAAAUCUUGGACGCCCUGAACGCGACUGUGCAAUGGGUGCCCGCCUCGACCUGCUCGUGCACCGCCGAUUCCAGCGCGAUGGUGUCCCUGCGCGUUGGCGUGCCCGCGCGCGCGCGCCAUGGCCGGCCGCGCGUCUCCGCGAGGCUGUCGCUGGGCACGCUGCAGCGCCCCGCCGUCGCUGUCUUCGAGGCCAUGGCUACCGCGGUGCGGCCGCACCGCGCCGAUGCGUCGCCGCAGCUGCAAACGCCGCCACACGCAGACUCGUGCGAAGAGGACGCGCUGCUCGGGGCUACCUUCCUCGCGAAAACAGCUCGUGCGCGCUGCGAACCUGGAGCCUCGGCCCUGACCACCUGGGCGUGGCCUCCGUGCGUGUUCCGCCAGCUCUGCCAGAGGAGGUCCUCGUCGGCGCGCGGUGUGGCGAGCGCGCGAGCGGACAGGGCAGCGAGUGCGAGCAGGGGCGACGGGCGGCUCGCAUACGCGCUCACGGGCGGCCAGGGCGUCUGGUAUUCGGGCAUGCGCGUGAGGUGGUCGACGGUAUGGAAUCGCAUGGAGGCAGGCGGCGCCGAGCAGGGCAGCCUGCAGGAGGCCCGCCGCCGCCGCGCCCGGGCGCGGCAGCCCGGUCGGCGGCCACGCCGCCCGCGACUGCGGCGCCGCGCGCGCUGGGCUGAGCCUCCGCGCAGGCGGGGCGUCGGCCUCCGCGGCCUCCGCGCGCUGCGGCCUCGUCUCGGCGGAGUCCGACUCGCUGGCGCACUCGCUGUCGCUCACGAUCGAGGGCGGAGCGUCGGCCGCUGCGGCCGCCGAGCGCUUCAACCUCUGCUCGGCGGAGUCCGAUUCGCCGGGCCGCUCGCUGUCGUUCACGAUCGAGGGUGUGUACGAGGCCGCCCCCUGGAGCGCGCCCCAGGCUGGAAGCAGGCCCGCGCCGGCGGCAGACCGCGGCGCCGGGCUGCGAGCAGGCUCUCCCCCGGCGGCGCCCGCGGCGUGGCCGGCGGGGCGGUGCGCCCUCGCGCUGGAGGGCCAGGGCGGGGCCGCCUCGGAGAGGAGCUCACGGCAGCGCGACGUCCAGCGCCUGCCCCUGCAGCCCCGUGGGCGACCCCUUGUGGCAGGUGCCGACGCCCACCAGGAGCGCGCCCUCCUCGCCGCACUGCUGCCCGCCCGCGCCCGACCAGCGCCCGCCCGCCGAGGGCGUGCGGCCGCCCGCCGCGGCGCGGCGUCCCGAGGGACAGCCGCUCCGCCCGGGGCGCGGCCAGGGCGUCGGGUUGCAGGCCGAGCGGGGAGGCGCGGAGGGAGGGCGGCGCCUGGGAGGCGGAGGCCAGGCCGGCGCCCCCGAGCGCAGGGGCGGAGGCCCCGCGGGCCCCCGCCGAGGCCGGGGCCGCCGCCGCCCGCCAGCCGAAGCCCAGCUGCGCGGACGUCGGCGUCGGCGGCCACGAGGUCGGCGAGGUCGCGGGGGACGCGCCCAGAGCAGCGGCCGCGGAGGGCGGCGGCGUCGCCGGCGCCGCCGGGGAGCCGCCCGAGGGCGAGGCACCGGGGGGCCCGGAGGACGUCGGCUCCUCGCAGGACUCCCGGGGCGAGGCCGGGCUCUCCCUGAGGGAGCGCGUGGCGCUGCUCGAGAAGUGCGGCGCGUCGUCCGGCGCGCUGAAGGUGGGCGCCCCGCCGGGGGGCCCACAGGAGGCGCCGCACGCCCCCGCGGCGUCGCUGAAGGAUCGGGUGGCGCUGCUGGAGAGGCUGUUCCUCCAGCGCGGGAGCGACCCGGCCCUGUGCGGCGCGGCGGGGUGUGGUGCCGCCAGCCCGGGCGGGGCGCCCUCGCCCCGACAGCCCGCGCGGGCGCAGGGUGGCGGCGAGGCCGAGGGCGCC